AUGAGUAAUAUUUACAUUCAAGAGUCAGCUACUCGUGGCAAAGUUGUUUUAGAUACAACUGUUGGUGAUAUUAAAAUUGAACUUUUCUCUAAAGAAUGUCCAUUAGCAUGUCGAAGUUUUGUUCAAUUAUGUAUGGAUGGUUAUUAUGAUGGUACAGUUUUUCAUCGAGUUGUACCAAAUUUUAUUGCACAAGGUGGUGCUCCAACUGGAACAGGUGAAUUCUUUGCAGAUGAAUUUCAUGCACGUUUACGUUUUAAUCGUCGUGGUCUUGUUGGUAUGGUUAAUCAAGGACCAAAUACUAAUGCUAGUCAAUUCUUUUUUACUUUGGGUAGUACUCCAGAACUUGAUAAAAAGAAUACAUUAUUUGGCAAAGUUGUUGGUAAUACAUUAUUUAAGAUGUUGAAAUUAGAUGAAGGAGAAAUUAUUGGUGAAAUACCAGUACAUAAACAUAAAAUAAUUAAAGCAGAAAUUAUAUCAAAUUCAUUUGAUAAUAUAGUAUCUCGACUUCGAGCUAAAUCACAAAUAAUUGAUGAUGAUAAUGAUGAAAUAAAUAGCAAGUCGAAAGAAACUGUACAAGCUACAGCAAUCAAAAAUUAUGGUCUUCUUUCAUUUGGAAAUGAAGAUGAAGAAGAAAUAACAAAAAUUUUAAUGACAUUCAAACAAAAAGGAACGGGAAAAAGUGCACAUGAUUUAACUAAUGAUUCAACAUUAAGUAAAAAUUCAGUUGUAUUAAAUGAAAAUAAUGAAGAAAGUGAUGCAGAUUUUGAUAAAGAAGAACUUGAUCGAGUACGACAAAAAUUUAAUGCAAAAAAAUUAGCUCAGCAAGAAAAGAAAAAAACAUUUCAACUUGAUAUUGAUGAUGAUGAUGAUAAUCAAAAAGAUAUUUCAACAACAAAAUCAAAUGAAAAUGUUAAACUUGAAAUUGAACGAUUAAAAAAAGAAUUAAAACAAACGAAAAAAGAAUCUCAAACACUUGAUUUAUUAGAAAGAUUUCGUGUAAAAGUUCAUACUGCUAAAUAUGAACAAACUAGUGAACCUUUAAAUGAAACACAAUCAGAACAAAUAGCUGAUAAAGUUCAAACAUCAUUUUUAAAAGAUACUUUUGUAUCUCAAGAAUUAUUAGAUAAUGUUCAAGAUAUUUAUACAAAUGCUGAAUUAUUAACUGUUUAUGAUCCAAGAAAUCCAAUGACUAAACGACGACGAGAUGAAAGUAGUACGUUACUUCAUCAAAAAAAAACAUAA